GGUCAUUCCGUCUUGUUUCAGAAGUUUCAACUUGUUCAGUUAUUCUGGUAUCCUCGACAGCAUGCGCUAUCCUAAUUGGCAUGCGCUCGCAGCACUUUUAUACGUACAAAGAACGCUAUGUGUUCCAGCGGAGCAGCGCCCAGAGUUGGCCGAACGGCAGACCGGUCCCUUUCCGUUCUGCUCUGAUCCCGCUGUGGUUAACGUUCGAGAUGCGAUCCUUGGUCGCGAUCGUCUAGAGCCCUCAUAUUGUUAUUCAUUCCUCAACGUUCCAACUACAACUAGUACCAUGUUCCAGACAUCUCUAACAACAAUCAUGCCUGUCACGACUACUUCGACAACACUUCCAGCUGCGAUUGUUACUGCUUUCACAACUACAACUACAAGUAGCACCACAGUCACUACAUCCACAACAACAGUAACUACCACUACAACCGCUACCAUCACACCGCCUGCGAAGAUGCGCCGUCAACCGAAUACAAUAAGAAACCAUCCCGGAAACAAAAAACCUUGCAGCUCUGCGUCUAAUAAUGAUGUUAAAUCUCGAGCUUGCAGUUGCAUUCUGGGAGCGUCACCGACAGUAACUGUCUUAGAAACUGCCACUACAUCAAGCACAGUCACCAUUUACAGCACACUUAUACUGACAGCAACAUUGCCUGACGCGACAGAGUCAAGAACAACAACCGCAACCUUGCUCGAAACAAAGACUUCCAUAUCAACUUUAACUGUCACCGUGACAUCGACUACAUCUCCGCCACCUAGUCUGAAGACUUGCGCAUUCGGGACGGCUAUCGGUUAUCAAAAUCCCGUCGCUGGUGUCCAGAAGUCCUUCACUCUGAACACACAGUCAGGGUCAGGUUGCAAUAGGUGGGGUUGGUAUGAGACGCCUACACUUGCAGAAUUGCAGGGUGGCAUAUCAGGUCCACUUUAUGUCGGUGAUGGUAGUAACGAUAUUACUCAAGCCAUUGACAUUGGCAUCUGGGUUGCCACAGCGAACGCUCAGGGAAGAGUUACAGUGACAUACCUCCUCAACCCACCAUAUGCGCUUGCAGCUGUUCACAUUCAGCUCGUCUGCCUCCCACUCACCAACUGCAACCAAGAUCAAUAUACCUACAACGCUGGAGCGAUUCCUAAUCUACCUACUUGGAGCAAUCCUACUCCGCUUGCAUAUCCAACAUGUAGCGGUGGUUCAAGGGUUUCCCUUAUUGUUUUUGCUAGUUCAAACAUAUUGACGGUUACGCCAGCUUGUCCACCACCGAAAGCCGUGUAGGCAGGUCUUGUUAAGAAUGGUGCCAACUUGUAGUCCGCCUUGUUAUUAUUUAGCCCUAGUUCUAUCUGAAUAUUUUUGCACCGAUCC